AUGGCAUCUGGAACAGUAUUUGGCCAGCUGAUUAUUUAUGAAUUGUACAAUAACGAGUGUGAUCAAGUUUUUGAAGAACUACUUCGUUUAUCUGAUCAUAACGGAGCUAUAUUUGGUAUUAGCUACAAUAACGAAAACCACUCAUUAUGUACUGUUGGCGAUGAUAGAACUGUUAAGGUAUACAAAUUCGAUAAACAAUUGACACUUGAUCCCGUGUGUUCGUUUUUUGGUCAUGAAGCACGAAUAUGGAAGUCAUGUUUAACACAAUCGACAAUAAUAACAGCCGGUGAAGAUUCAUCCAUUCGUGUGUGGUCAUACAAUGGUCAAAUGUUACAUCGUUAUGUCAAUUAUCGUUGUAAAAAUGUUUGGUCAAUUGAUAUAGUUAACUGUAAUUCUAUUGUGAGUGGAUGGAGUGAUGGUGGAUUGAGGCUCUACCAUUUAGAUACAAAUUCGCUCGAUUCACAUCAUUCAUUAUUAGAAAUAAACGAUGAUUUUCCUCGAAAUGUUUGUUUUAUCUCAAGUUCAUCGAUUAUUUGUCAUAUGGAUAGCGGAAAAUUGAUGCGAUUGAAUUUAGAUGGAGAAAUAGAGAAAAAUGAGUUAUUUUAUGAUGGUACGAAUAAUUUGAAGAGCUAUGCUACAAUGAUGAUAAGCCCAUAUUAUAAACAAUUAGCUAUUGGGACAUUAAGUGGACUCGUAUUGUUGUUUAAUCUAGAAAAAUAUAUCGCUGGUGGUGAGAAUGUUCGACAGUUUCAAGCCGAUACAAAUAAAAUAUUUCAAGUAUUGUGGCCGAAAAUUAUUGUUAAUGGUGAAAAUUAUAUCAGAGAAGAACCAUUACUAGUUUGUCUGACGAAUGGUCUGAUGUCUUUGUACGAUGUUGCUGGUAUACCCACAAUUCUUCAACGCUUUCAAUUACCAAAAGGACGGCAAUCAUGGCCAAACACAUGCUUGUGGUUGAAACAGGAGAAUUUAUUUAUCGUUGGCGAUAGACAAGGUAAUAUUGCUUGUUAUACAUUAAAUAAUACUGACGACGUUUUAUCAUACUCACAACUAUUUCGUGAAUUACAUGGAAAAAAUGGCGUAUCAUCCAUUGAUCUAUUCUACGAUGAUCGAUUGAUAUGUUCGUGUGGAAAAGAUGGUAUCUAUAAUUUGUUUGAAGUGUGCGAAGAACCGUCUUCACUCACACUGAAAUCAUCGUCGACAUUAUCAACUAGCAUUGGUUGGUUAAAUAGUCUAUUAGUAACAUCAUCAGCUCGAGGCACACAACAUUUAUUUACCUGUUAUCAAUCAAGUAAAUUUUGUCUAUAUUCAUUGGAACAAAAACGUUCAUUUAUGGAAGUUGAGUGUGGAGGUGGACAUCGAAGUUCUGAUUUUUAUUUGCAUGACAUGGUGGUGGGCAAAUUAGUUUAUAUAAGAAAUAAAAAUGUCUAUAUUGCCACAAAAAAUUUGAAAAAUAGUUUAAAUGAUAUUUGCUUAACGACACCAACCCAUGGAACAGAAAUACGUUGUGUUAAAUUAUUUAAACCAGAAAUAUUGCAUAGUAUUGUCACAUUACAGAGACAUUUAUCAGCUGUUUGCGAUAUAUCUGUUAUCGAAUCUUCAUCAUUAUCGUCUUAUUUUUUAUUCUCAUGUGGUGCACGAGCUCAAAUUUGUGCAUGGAAAGUGACAUCACAAGCCAAAUUAAUUAAUGUAACAAAUGUAGGGGACUUUAUGCUUCAUCCACUGAAACGCACGAAGAAAAAAUCAUUAAUUAAUGGAGAACAACCGAUGAACGAUACUGAAUUAGAUGUACGAUUCACAAGUAUCACGGUUAUGCCAGUUCAUCAAGAGAAAAAUGGGGAAUCAUUUUUAGUUUUUGUUUCGUCAUCUGAUUCUUUCUUACGUGUAUUGCAUUACCUACCAUCAUUAAAACGAUUUAUUCUGUUACAUUGUUAUUCGUAUACCAAUCAUUGUUUGUUAUCUUUAACAUCGUACAUUCCAAAAAACUAUAUAUUUACAGCGGCAACCGAUGGAAGCGUAUGUGUUUAUGAUUUUACAGUAUUAGUAGACAAUGUUGAACUUGUAAGAGAUAACAAUAUCCGUUAUUCAUCAAUAACAGUUCAUCAAUCAGGUGUUAACGAUAUAGACGUUCGACAGUGUGAAAAUGAUCUAUUACUUGUAUCAACUGUCGGUGAUGAUGGAUCUGUUUUUCUUCUCAGACUAGACAAUGACUUAUCUUGGUCAAUCGUAACAUCGUUCUUAUUCGCUCAUCAAUCACCUGCCACAGUUAGAUUUCUAUCUGAUAGUGUAUUUGUGUCUAUUGGCAUUGAUCAACGAUUAAAAUUUUGGAAUAUGGAUGUACAUCAUUGUCAGAUUGAUAAUUAUAGGACAACGUUAGUUGAUAUUACAGAUAUUUUAUCAAUGGAUGUUCUGCAUGUAAAGAAGUGA